CUGAACGAGUGGGAGCCCCCGAAGUUCGUGUGGCGAACGCUGUACACGCUCCUGCUGCUCGGGCUCGUGAUCAAGCGCGUCGUGUGGCAGCGGAAGCUGAACAUGGCGCAGACGAUUCAACAGAUCGCUCGCGUUGGCCCGGACACCCUCGGCGUCGCGAUGCUGACGUCCUCGUUCGUCGGCAUGGUGUUCACGAUCCAGUUCUGCAAGGAGUUCAGCAAGGUGGGGCUGACGCGCGUCAUCGGCGGUCUGCUGGGUUUAGCGUUCACGCGAGAGCUCACGCCGGUGAUCUGCGCCAUCGUCCUCGCCGGGCGCGUCGGCUCCGCCAUCGCCGCGGAGCUCGGCACGAUGCAGGUCUCCGAGCAAGUCGACCAGCUCCGAACGCUCGGGAGCGACCCGGUGGAUUACCUCGUCGCGCCCAGGGUCGUCGCGUGCGCGUUAUCGCUGCCGAUCCUGUCGGUGGUGAGCUUCACGAUCGGCAUGGCGGCGAGCAUACUUCUCGCGGAUCUGCGGUACGGGAUCUCGCCCAACGCCAUCGUCGACUCGGCGGCGAAAUAUUUGGAGACGUCGGACAUCGGCGUGAUGUGCGUGAAAGGUUUAGCGUUCGGGGGCGUGAUCGCGACGAUAUCGUGCGGGUGGGGGCAGACGACGACGGGGGGGGCGAAGGGCGUCGGCGAGAGCACGACCGCGAGCGUGGUGAUCUCGCUCGUGGCCAUCUUCGUCGUGGACUUUUUCCUUUCGAUGAUAUUCUUC